AAUGCACCUUUGUACUCGCUAACAUAUACAUUAAUAUUUUUUAAUACGAUAACAUUAUCGAGAGAAACGCGAUAGAAUAUCAGCGCCAAUUAAAUCAUUAUAAAUUGUUUUUGAUAAGAACACUGUUGAAAGAUUUUUCUGAUUUUAAGUCUGAUUUUCACUCGAAACAAAAAUCUCGUCGGUCACGAAUUCAGCUGCAACUAUUCUUUUUUUUUUUUUUAUCUAAGUUUUUAACGCGCCUCACUACGGUCACAUUUUUUAACAAAAAUUGUAAAGGUUAUCAGCGAUCAAAAAUUUAACGAUGACGCGAUGUCACGCAAAUUUAUUGUUUGAUCCGCGUCUUAUUUUUUAAAUAUUUUUUAUGGUGAUGAAUUUCUAGUACUUUUUCAUUCUGCGACAACAAAUCAAACAAUGUUUCGAUCGCAAUUUUACAAAAAGGCGCAGUUUAUCGCGUCGUGUUCGCGUCGACAAUUCAUACAUUAUCCGCGCUGGAAGAAUUUCAUGUACAGAUUGAGCACAAAGUUCUUUCUCAAGAACCCGGCGCGUUGCAAACAGAGCGACGACAAUAAGAAAGAUAACGUGCUCAGCAUGACUAACAUUCAAUAUUUGGAAUACAUGUACAAAGCGUGGAUGAAAAAUCCGAAUUCCGUAAGUUCUUCGUGGGACUCGUACUUCAAGUUGAUUCAUUCGAAUAUCAAUCCAACAUCGUUCUCGAAGGACAUUAAAUCAAAAAAUGUGAAACCCAACUCCUCGGUCCGUGCCGGUUCGUCCUCGAAUUUAAUGACUUCGCACUUAAACGAAACUCAAUCAAACAGAUCGGUGUUUUCAAAAGAAUCAGUGCGAAGGGAAUCGAACAGUCAGAUGCAAGGUGACGAUUUCGUAAUCGGUGCCCUCAAUGUCAACGCCGCGAUCAGAGCUUAUCAGACGCGCGGCCAUUUGAUAGCCGACACCGAUCCGCUGGGAAUACAGAAUCCGGAUUCAAAGAAGCUGCGAGGCACGUCGAAUUUGCCGCCCUCGAUUGUAAUACGAGAACAUCUCAAGGGCUUGACCGAGGCGGAUAUGAACAGGGAAUUUCCCCUCGGAUCUCUCACGGUUAUCGGCGGAGACAAGAAAAAGCUACAGCUUCGAGAGAUAAUAUUGAGACUCAACAAAGUUUAUUGUGGCCACUUGGGUCUAGAGUACACGUACAUUCAUGAUCCGAGUGUGUUAGAUUGGUUGCGAAACAAAUUCGAAAGACCAGGCGCUUGGGAAUUGCCCGUCGAGCAUCGGAAAUGGAUUUGGAUGAAUAUCAUGAGGGCCGUUACUUUCGAGGGUUUCCUGGCAAAGAAAUACCCUACGGAGAAGAGAUUCGGCUUGGAGGGUUGCGAAUCUUUUAUUCCCGCGAUAGCAGAGUGUAUAGAGACAUCGGCGGAAAAUGGUGUCGAAACCGUAGUUAUUGGCAUGGCGCAUCGCGGUCGUCUUAACACUCUGGUGAACAUCUGCUCGAAACCACUGAGUCAAUUGUUGGUGCAGUUUAAUCCGAUUCCUCUGGAGGGAUUCGGUUCCGGUGAUGUGAAGUAUCACCUCGGCACGUUUGUACAAAAAUUAUUAGAAAGAACCAAGAAGAAAGUAACUCUUUCUAUCAUGGCGAACGCUUCCCAUUUGGAGGCGAUCAAUCCGAUUGUCUGCGGUCGCGUUCGCGCCGAGCAAGUCGAGAAAAAUGACACCAAACACGGUAAAAAAUCGGUAGCUCUACUGGUUCACGGCGACGCCUCUUUUUCCGGACAAGGUGUGGUUUACGAAACGAUGCACCUGACUAAUCUGCCGGAGUACACAACGAGCGGCGUGAUGCAUCUCGUGAUUAACAAUCAGAUUGGUUUCACAACGGAUCCGAGAUAUUCGCGAUCCAGUCCACAUUGCACCGACGUCGCGCGCGUUGUUAACGCUCCUAUUUUUCACAUACACGCCGACGAUCCCGAUCUGGUGACUUAUUGCAGCAAGGUGGCCUCCGAGUAUCGCGCUACGUUUCACAACGAUGUAGUCUUGGAUAUCGUCGGCUAUCGUAGAAGCGGACACAACGAAAUGGACGAGCCGAUGUUGACUCAACCGCUCAUGUAUAAACGUAUAAGAGUUCACCCCAAUGUUCUCACUAUCUACACCGAGAAACUCGUCAAAGAAGGAGUGAUAACGGAAGCUUUCGUAAAAGAGCAAAUCGAUAAGUAUUUGAAUUAUUGCGAAGACGAGUUCAAAACGGCGCAGACCAUCAGUUCGAUGCAAAUGAGCGAUUGGCACGAUAGUGCUUGGACCGAGUUUUUUUGGAAUCAGAGCCCGACAAAUAAGAUACCGCCGACUGGUAUCGAUAUGACGACUAUCAAAACGAUAUGUACCAGCAUAUCUACCCCUCCGAAGGACGUUGAACCACAUGCUCAAUAUCUCAGAGCGUUGGAGAGGCGAGCGAAACUCACGGAAUCGCGACAAUUCGACUGGGCGAUGGGGGAAGCUCUGGCUUUCCUCAGCCUGCUGAAAGACGGUCAUCACGUUAGACUGUCCGGUCAGGACGUUGAGCGAGGAACCUUCACUCAUCGUCUGCACAUCGUUCACGAUCAAUUCAAGGACAAAACCUACAAGAACGUUCUGCGCGACGUUUUUCCGCGACAAGCUUUGUACACCGUCUCGAAUUCGUCCCUAUCGGAAUUCGGUGUAUGCGGUUUCGAACUUGGAUACUCGACGUACAAUCACAAUAGUCUGACAAUUUGGGAAAGUCAAUUCGGCGACUUCGCCAAUAACUGCCAGACCAUUAUAGACUGCUAUUUGAGCUCCGGGCAAACGAAAUGGGGCAGACAGAUGGGAUUGGUGCUGUCGCUGCCGCACGGUAUGGAGGCCCAAGGACCGGAACAUUCGUCCGCUAGAUUGGAGCGAUUUCUUAAGCUUUGCGACGACGAUUGUACUCACGUGCCCGGAACCGAACCCGGCGCUCCUGCCGGCGAGACCGUCGAUCAGAUCAUGACUCGACAGCUUUUCGAUAUAAACUGGAUCGUCUGCUAUCCCACGACACCCGCCACUCUGUUCCACAUUUUGCGCCGUCAGAUACUGAUGCCCUUCCGAAAACCACUGAUUGUUAUGGCUCCCAAGUCUUUGCUGCGACACCCAAUGGUGAUAUCGAGUUUCAACGAGAUUGGACCGGGCACGACCUUACAAUACGUUAUACCGGACGAAACGGCUAAGCCCGGUAACGUGAAGAAGGUGUUGCUUUGCACCGGAAAAGUGUAUUACGACUUGUACGCCGAGAGGGAGGAAAAACACUUGGAAGAUAAGAUAGCGAUCGUCAGAAUCGAGCAGCUCUGCCCUUUUCCAUAUCAUCACCUCGCGCAGGAAAUGAUAAAAUAUCCGCGCGCAAAAAUCAUGUGGCUGCAAGAAGAGCACAAGAAUCAAGGCGCUUACAGUUACGUGAGAGACAGGAUCGCCUUGGCCUUGGGUAUUCCACUCGAAGACAUCAAAUACGGCGGCCGUCCUCCCUCGUCCUCGCCGGCAACCGGCAGCAAAAUUAUUUACAAAACCGAGUAUAACAAUAUGAUGACAAUGGCAAUGAGUCUAGACUGAUUCACGCCACAGUUAGUAGUUUUUUUUAUUUGUGCCAAGAGACGUAUCACGAAAUCAUGUGUAGCAAGCACUUAUCAGUUUUAGGAAAAAAAAACGUUUUGUUUUUUAGAAUAUUUAUACACAUUCGAAAUGUCUAUUUAUUGUAUAAUAAGAAAUUCUGAUAAAAAGUCUUGUCAACAAAUUCUGGAUUUUCGCGCGAGA